ACUAUAUAGUCAGCAGAAUUUGGGUUACUCGUUUUCAACUUCAGGAUUUAUUUUCUGAAAGCCAAGCGGCAUGCAGGGAGUUAAGAGCAACCUCUCUGGUUUUUAAUUUAUUAUUGUGCAAUAGCUCCCGACUUCAAGUUAGUGCGAACCUCACUUUUUGAGAACAUGCAAAACUGUGUUUCAUAGACUCACCACUCGUACUGGGUUCAAUUUGCGCCGAGCCUAAAAGUACGCACACCGCCGUUAUACACUGAACGAUGGCUGUGUUGCUUCUAAAGGAUGUUAUGUCAACCACUCUGAGGUUGAUUCUCACUAUACCCUCCAUAUACAGGUGACUCCACGUCAAAAUGAAUAACACUCCUGAUGGCAAAGUUCUGAGCACCGAUUCCACAUCGCAGAAAUCCUACAAUGGCUACCUUAGUUCUAUAAGCGAUAGCAAAUGUAUAGUGGGCAGCAAUAUCAAAGCAUCUGUUGUCACUGUUUCUGGUGAAAGAACUAAAACAAUUGUAGCAAACGAAAAAGAAACACUCAAGAGGACAUAUCUUCUGAUUAUUGUGCCCGCGUUUCUUAUAGUUUGUGGAAUAGUGACUCUUGCCUUAGUGGUGGUUAACACCAUAAAUUGUAAAAAUUCCCCUAGAAGACCUGUAUGCCUGACAGAAGAAUGUGUGAGAACAGCCGCUUCUUUGCUAUCAGCAAUGGACCACAAUGUAGAUCCAUGCCACAAUUUUUUUCAGUAUGCCUGUGGAACGUGGAACAAAAAACAUUUGAUACCAGAAGAUAGGAGUUCAAUCAGCACUUUCGAAGUGAUGGCAGAUCAGCUACAACUCAUUCUGAAAGAAGUGUUAGAAAAGCCAAUGAAUUUGGAGGACAAUGACGCGACUAGGAAAGCAAAAUUAUUUUACAACAGCUGCAUGGAUAUAUAUCAGAUCCGUAAGACCGGCGAUACUCCUCUGAGAAAAGUCCUUGAAUCCCUAGGAGGUUGGCCUGUGACAACAAAAAAUUGGACAGCCCCAAAAAAUGGAAUUGAAGUCCUUUUGGGAAAAAUUCGAGGUGUUUAUAAUGAGGGUAUAUUGAUUGAACAAUGGGUUGGACCAGAUGACAAAAAUAGUUCUGCUAACAUAAUACAGAUUGAUCAGAUGCAGCUGGCGCUUCCAAGUCGAGAUUAUUAUCUCAAACCCAUCAGCAAGGGUGAUUUGGAUGCUUAUCACACGUACAUGACGAAUAUAGCUGUAGUGCUCGGAGCUAAUCAAAGCACUGCCGCGGAUGAGCUUAAGGAUGUCCUGAAUUUGGAAAUUGCUUUAGCAAACGCAUCAAUACCCGAAGCCGAUCGACAUGACACCAGCGAAAUAUAUCGAAAACUUCUUGUGGGUGAACUACAACAGCUGGUUCCCCAAAUUGACUGGUUGAAAUAUUUCAAUUCAUUUUUAGGAAUAACAAUUGAUGAGAAAGAACCCAUAGUCGUUUAUGGAUUAUCCUAUUUUGCUGAAUUGGGUUCCAUACUAGAAAAGACAAAUUCAAGAAUUAUCCAUAAUUACAUAUUAUGGCGAUUCGUUAUGAGCAUUUCAUCACAUAUGAUAGGGGACUAUCAAAAAGAACGAGUUGAGUUCCGUAAAAUUCUGCAGGGUGUGCUGAGCGAAAGACACAGAUGGUCACAGUGUGUCGAGUGGACCAACAAAAAGCUAGGAUUAGCUGUAGGAGCUUUAUUUGUUAAGGAUAACUUCAAUCAGGAGAGCAAAGAGACUGCUUUAGUUAUGAUUCACACAAUAAGAGAGGCGUUUAAUGAACUUUUGUCGGAUAAUGAUUGGAUGGAUGAUGAAACGCGAGCUGUGGCCAAGGAAAAAGCCAAUGCCAUGAAUGAACGGAUAGGAUAUCCUACCAUAAUUACUGAUAGGAUUAAACUUAUUGAAGAGUACAUAACUUUGAAUAUUUCAAAACAUAAUUUCAUGCAGAACAUUUUUAAUGUUCUGAAGUUCGACGCAGAUCAGAACCUGUCUAAAUUAAGACAACCAGUGGACAAAGACAAAUGGUCUACCGAACCAGCAGUCGUUAAUGCCUUCUAUAAUCCAAAUAAAAACGAUAUAGUUUUUCCUGCUGGUAUUUUGCAACCUUUGUUUUAUAGUCAACAUUUUCCGAAGUCCCUUAAUUAUGGAGGUAUAGGAGUUGUUAUAGGACAUGAGAUAACGCAUGGAUUCGAUGACAAGGGCCGGCAAUUUGACAAAGAUGGAAACAUGAUGCAAUGGUGGAAUAAUGCUACCAUUAAAGCUUUCAGAGAAAGAACACAAUGCAUCAUAGAUCAAUACUCCAGAUACAAAAUUGACGAAGUUGGGAUGUACAUAGAUGGGAGAAUGACGCAAGGAGAAAAUAUUGCCGAUAAUGGUGGACUCAAGCAAUCAUUCAGGGCGUAUCAAAAAUGGGUCGAACAGCAUGGUGAAGAACCAUAUUUGCCUGGAAUGAAUCUGACGCACAAUCAACUUUUUUUCCUGAAUUACGCACAGAUAUGGUGUGGUUCCAUGAGACCAGAAGAUGCUUUAACCAAAAUAAGAAGUAGCGUUCACUCGCCAGGUCCUAUAAGAGUUUUAGGCCCACUUUCAAAUUCGAAAGACUUUGCAGAAGCUUACAAUUGUCCACCAGGAUCUGCAAUGAAUCCAAUCAAUAAGUGUAGUGUUUGGUAAGAUGCAAAACUGAUGAGAUCACCAGAAAUUUCGAAUUUCGAAAUGUUACCAUCGAAGGGGAAGAUUCAGAAGAUGAUUCGAGCGAGUCUCUAUUUCUGAAUAAACUCGAUACUGAUGUCUGAUGAUGGUUUGAAUAUAUUGCAACCUUGCCAUGUGUUUAAAAAUCGAUUUCAUAUCCUUGUGCUCCAAUGGUUUAGAUGUAUCAAUCAUGAGAAAUAUAAAUAUAUUCUUCUGUUUUA